AUGCCUGCGCAUAAAAGUGAAAUAUAUUUAAAUGGAAUUGACACUGUAGCAACUGACGUAAUGAAUACUUGUAAAACCCAAGCUACACAAGAUUCAUCAUCAAUUGAAAACAAUGAACAAUUUCAGCAACAUCCAAUCUUUCAAAAAUAUCUCCCAAAACAAUUAUGUCAAGUAUUAGAACAUUGGCUUUCAGAUGGUAAACUAGAUGAAGAUGAAAAACAAAUCUUUCGAACUUGUGCAGAAUUUCUUCUUCAAUCAACUAAAACAGAUUCCAAUGCUAAACAAUGGAUUAGUCUACAAACUGAACUAAUUAGUUGGACUGAAAAGUGUUUAAAUGAAAUAGGAGCUUAUGGUUAUUAUAUUGGAAUUGGUGGUUUAGAAGAUCCAAAUUUAGAAUCAUUCGAUUGGCUUAUUCAAGCAUUUGGAAAUGUUCAAUGUAAACAAUUACUUGAUGUUCUUGUUAAAUGUGUAACUAGUCGUUUUUAUAUUGAUGCUUUACAUCGUUUGAAUAAAACUGAUGCAUCAUCGUUAAGUGUUACUGAGCAUUUUCUUCUUAUUACUUGUCCAAACUACAUUGUAACUUGUGAUUGCGACAAAAGCUAUUCUUUUAAAAUAGCUAAUAAAAUGUUAGACCAUUAUGAUGAUCUACUUGCUUAUUUUCUUCCUUAUAUUAAGCAAUGGACAACACCUGUUAUGUCAUGUUUAUUUUAUCCAAUGAACUUUGUUUUAUCAACUAUUCCAUCGUUACCACAUAAACAAAGAAAAUCUUUGUAUGAUGUUAUUCUAACCAUACUUCUAGACACGACAAGAACUGAUUCAAAUGCUGGAGAAGCACAUGAUAAAUUGAUUUAUACGUCACUUUGUUUAUUAACUGAAAUAGUUCGACGUGAUGAAAUUUUGUCAAACGAAUUAAAAAAUAAACGUUACGAAAAAUCUGAUUUAAUCAAAAUAUUAAAUGAUUUAUCGAAAAAUUCAAGUAACGAACAAAUACAGUUAAAAGCAAUAGAAUUAACUUCAUUAUUAGUUCCAGAAGAAGAAUUUCGCAAAGAAAACAAUACAGAGCAAGUAACUGGACUCUUUGUUAAAAAUUUUAAUGCCGCAGUUCAAGAUGGAAAACCUAAUCAAGCCGAUGGAGUUUUAAAAGGAUUUAAAGAUUUGGUACUAAAUGAGGAUGUUAAAGAAGAAGUCAUUAAACAAAAUGCAUUACCAUCAAUAAUCAAAUUUGCAAAAGAAACCGAUGAUAAUGCAGUAUCAUUAGAAAUAGUCUAUGCAAUGGCAUUUAAUCACGAAGCAAAAAAAUUGAUUCAUGACGAUACAGAAUUUAUCGAUUACAUUAAAACACUUUGUGAUUCCGAAAAUGAAGAAGUUGCCAAAAUGGCACAUGGAAUUAUGUGGAAAAUAGAAGAUGAAGAAAAAUUUACAGACAAACUUGACAAAGAUGGAAACUCUGAUGAAGAUUCAAAACAAUAUGAUAUGAUGAUUUCAUAUUGUUGGGCACAAAAAGAUUUAUGUCAUAAAAUAAAGGAUCGUCUCGAACAAGAUGGUUAUAAAGUUUGGUUAGAUAGAGAUGAAAUGCGUGGAUCAAUUAUUGAAUGUAUGGCUGAAGCUAUUGAACAAUCACGAUUUGUACUUAUAUGUAUGUCAAGUAACUAUAAGAAGAGUACUAAUUGUAAAGCUGAAGCUGAAUAUGCAUUUAAUCGAAAAAGUAAAAUAAUUCCACUUAUUGUUGAACCUCAAUAUAAGGCUGAUGGAUGGUUAGGAUUUUUGGCUGGUUCAAAAAUUUAUGUUGAUUUUGCUGAUAAAGAAGGAGAAGAAUUUAUUAAAGCAUAUGACUUAUUAAUAGAAGAACUUAAACGCGAUGGAUUACACGAUGUCAAACACGGUCAAGAAAAUAUAAUGGGCAAUAAAACUAAAAGAAAAUCUAAAUCUGAAGAACCUAAAAAAGUGCAUGGACGUCCUCGUAUUCAAACAAGAGAAUAUUUAAACAUUCCUUUGGCAUCAAUGUGGAAUGAUCAACAUGUUCAGGAAUUUCUAACUGAUCAUCAACUUGAUCAAUUAUUACCUAUUUGUGAAUCGAUGGAUGGUGAAGCAAUUAUUGAAUUUCAUCAUUCAUGUGAAACAAAACCUGAUAUUAUGUAUGGAUUGAUUAAUAAUCCAAACGAGCAUGCAUUAUCAUUUGGUAUUUAUUUUAAGUUUAUUGCUAAAUUAAAAAAAUAUUUACCAAAAAAACCAACACGUAAACUUCGUUUUCAAUACAAUUUUCUUUAUCCAUCAUCGAGUACAACUGAAUCAGCAACAACAGAAAAAGAAAAUAAUCAACCACUAUAA